AUGCUAGUUUAUGAAUCCGCUGCACAGAGUUCAAGUAAUGGUCGUGUAACUUCGGUAUCAUCAGGAACACUUGAAAAUGAAGAACAGAGAGAAAUAGCAACAACGACAGAAAUACAAUUGAGUCGAGAACGACAUCUAAGUGAACAGAAUAGUGAUGAAGUGUUGGAGUGGUUUCAGUCCCAUAGACUUGAAAGACUACAUGCUUUCUUAUUUCGUCCAGGUGACUCUAAGAAUGGUGCGGCUUUAGCAAAAAUCUUUGAGUUAAAACUUCAAAAUUAUGAUCGCUACAGAGUUCAAUACACAAGUCGUUUACCACCCAAUGAAAAUAAUCUAUUAAAAGCGUUUGAUCGAUUCGGACAAUUACUCGAUAUAUAUUUUAUUGAUCAAUAUGCACAUCGAUUUGAUGUUGCAUUUUCCUUUCCAGGUGAUAUACGUGGCAAAGUUAGUCGAAUAGCUGAAAAACUAUGUGAAAGACUUAAUAAACAAAAGAUUUUUUAUGAUAAAUACCACAAAGCUGAAUUGGCUCGACCAAAUUUAGAUCUUUACUUGCAAACGAUCUAUCGAUAUCAAACAAGAUUAAUUGUCGUAUUUAUGUGUGAUGACUAUGCACUCAAAGAAUGGUGUGGUUUAGAAGCACGUGCUAUACGUAGUUUACUGAAAUCAAAUCAAAACCAUCGAAUUAUGCUAUUAUCAGUGGAUGGAAAAACAAUAGAUGGUGUUUUAGAUAUUGAUGGAUAUCUGGAUAUUUCAAAUGAGAGUGACGAGGAUGUGGUAAAUGCAAUUUAUAGCCGUUUGAAAGAUCUUGACAAGCCACUGCAACCAUCACGAUCGUUACAUCAACUAUCAUUACCAUUACCGGCACAAAAUAUAAUAUCAAAAAUGCAUGUAGCUUUGAAAAAUACUUUUCAGUCAAUAUCACCAUGGUAUAUUGUAGUUGCUUUAAUAUCGUACAUGUUAGGUAUUCUCACUGGACGCUAA